UGGGAAGCGGGGUACAACCAGCGUUCCUUGGAUCCAGUGCGUACACGGCUGAUCAUCGACGCGAUGACGACGGCCUACUCGCAGGCCUCGAAGACUUACGAGCUGCCCACACUGAAGUUGGGGCCGUUGGGGUUGGAGAAACCGAAGCCGUGGGUGCGUGCACAGCGUCUGAAGCUCGAGGACUGGAAGGACGAAAUGGCGGGCCAAUACUACUACUACGCUGUUGUCGGCCAGCAUAACGCGGCCGCCGCCAGAACGCUGUUUGGCACAGACGUGGCGGUGAGGUACAACUUCGAGAGGUGGCCUGCGCGAAUGGUGUACUUCUCCGACGCGGAUUUCGAAGGGUAUUUUCUGGGCAUAAGGAAGCAGAACGCUGCCCUCCGAUCUUAUUUCGCACUUGCGAUGGUCGGGGAGAGUGUGUGGAAAAUGGGAAUGGAAUUUUUUGAGAAAUGGGAGACGGGCAGACUGCUGGCACCCGAAGGGGCGAAGUGGAUCGAGAAGAAGAAGAAGGUGAAGGGCGUCAAGGCCGGUGUGAGCCACAUCGAGAAUGAUAAGACCGGGCGAAAGGAGGUCGUCUACAACAUCCCUGUCGAAGCGCCUCAAAAGAAAGGAAAAAAAGAAAAGAAAUCCGGUGACUGGUUCGUCCAAGUCAACGAGCCGGAUCCGCACUGCUGGAAAAGCAUGGAAGCCCUCACGGACAAUAAGAAAUGUCGGCUGCUGAAGAAGGUUCUCAACUGCGAGGUGGUGUGGGUGCAGACCGGCUCCUCUGCGUUGGCAAAGCAAGGGAAGUUGGGCAUGCAAGAGGCAGUGCAUCUGGUGAAGUGCGACCGCAUCUUGGUGCGGUUAUGGAACUACUACCAGUUCAAGUAUGAGAAUCUGCCCGACUCCGACUGGACGCGUUCGUAUCCCUUCCUGCAGAAAAGAAAGGCGAUUUUGGCGCAGUUCAAAAGUCAGGGACUGGAUGCAGCAUUGUGGGACGGAAGCAGGAAACUCGUUGGAGACUCAUCGUUGUUCAGAGACUGUCCCCCGUUCAUGGGCUGCGAGGACGACAAGUCGAUCAAGGCGACGGAAAAACUUGCUCUCAACAAGAAGUUGUCCAUCGACUGGAAGAACAAGGUCCUUUCCGUGCUGACCGGCAGCAGGUCGAAGAGCAUGGAUGUCGCGCUCGCCGAAGGCAUGGUGCAUAUUCGGUGGCAGGACUCGGGGGAUGUGACAUCCAUCACCCCCUUCGGCGUCGAUCCUCUGGAGGCGCAGAUGAAGGUCGUCGAGUUGGAGAAAGCGGUUGGGAUCACGAAAUGCCACACUGCCGUUCUUGAUUUGUGCGAGCCUGUGGACAUCACACAGUGGACACAGCAAGCUUUCGAGAGUUUGAAUGCCCUUCUACAACAUUUGUUCUCUUCGCACUGGACGGUCGUUGCUUUCGUCCCCCGGGAGCACGACUACUACUUCAUGACCAGUCUGCGCCAUAUGUCCGUUGUCAAGGCAAUGGCAGGAAAGUGGGUAAGGAGGCCGCAGCAGAAGAAAAGUUUCGCGGUCGGCAACAACUUGUACUCAGUGGACGACCGCAUGUACAUCCUCUUCAAAGGUGACGACUUGCGCGAGAACACCUCUGUCGUUUACGAUGCGAGGUUGGAGGCGGGUGAUGCUGCUGCUGUGGGGGCACAUGUUAAAGUCACACCGACGGACAUCUCGGAGGUGUCGUUUGAGCCUUGUGAAUGGCCCCUGGUCAUACCUGGCCGUGACCGCAAAGUUUACAAGGACAUGGAACGGAACCCCGCGCAGUUGGCCCAUCUGCUGGAAUUCGUGUGCRAAAAGGGGRAGGGUGUCAUGUUUCUCGRGAAGGCGCACKCGCAAGUCGUGUGGGAGGCUUUGAAGGGCGGUCGCAACGUCAUCGCGUUGGAGGGGAAUUCGGAGUUGCUGCAAUACACGUUGGAUUUCCUGAAAGGCGCGGUCAACUCGGGAGCCCACCGCUGCGAGUUCAUUUCGAGGACGGACAAACCGCGACGCGCUUGGGAGUCGUCCACGGACAUGUGGUUCAAACUAAGCGAGAGGAAAAGGGACAGGAUAUAUGAGUUCCUCUUCCUGGAGACGCGACCCAGGAGGGACAGUGACCCUGAGUAUACUCGACGCAGGGAGCACAUGUUGGCGUUGCUGGACAACUACCACGGCGCCUCGCGUUUGAAUGCGAAGAACUUCCUGGACCGGCUGGAUUGUUUGUACUUUGUCGAGUCGGAGCAGGAGCUCCGGGUCGCGAGUUACAGUGCAUUGAUUGACACGGACGAAGAGGCAACGACCGAAGUCGUUUUCGACACGACUAUUCCGGAGGAGGAUAGCGACACCGAGGAAAUCGCCCUGAAUUACCUCCCUGCUCCUGUUCUUCCGCCCCCGGGCUCCUCGACGGGAGGUGCAUCGUCAACCCAGGCCACUCCAGCGACGCCCGUUCGCAGGUCCACCCCCGGUAAGACCCCCAACAAGCUGUUGGCGAAAGUCACACCCCGUACUGUUGCCCCGCCUCGUUUGCGUCCAGGGAGUGCAGUCCCGCCGGAACAUCCUUCUUGGAAGGAUGAGUCCAUUCACUUUGAAGGGCACGACCACACUCGUUCCAGUGAAGCAGACUGGGGUCACGACAUAAUUUGGCACCCGAGAACGAUCCAGCCUGCAAUCCGCGAAGGGGAGUGGAUCAUGGCCGUCGUGGACUCGGUUGGGCAGUGGGAGUCAUGCUCGCGGCUUCCCAAGUCCGAGUACUUGCAACUCGCAAGCAGUGGUGUGGCAGAUAAAGUGGCGUCAGAGAACCCCCUUCUCCAGGCCACCGACCCGACCGUCGUUGAACACGCUGAUCUUUUGUUUCUGGAGCUUCAAGACAAGGGGUGGUUGGAACUCUCGGACGAGUUUUACGACCUCGAUACGAGCCCUUCGAAGGGAAGCGUGGACUGGAAGGUCCCCCCUGCGACGGGGUCGCUAGGGAGUGCAGGAGGGGGACCUCCAGGCCCUCCGGGUGGUGGAGGGGGUGGGGGAAGCAGCAAGGGGACAAGAGAGGGCGCCGCGUCAGGGGGAUCGGUUGGCACUCACGACCAGGGCAGAACAGUGGAAAGCGGCGGCCGGGUCCGGUUGUUGAACGUUGCUGACAAGACGACUGUCGGGGCCAGCAAAUCGGCUAAGUUCACCGACAUCCGAACUUCUAAGAACGUGGAGCCGCCGCCUUUGGACGCUGCGAAGUCUGCCGGCGUCCGCGCUGCAUCCGCUACACAUUGGUCGGCCCUCCCCUCGACGACUGAAUUCGCCGCUUCCGUUGGCACUGGGAGAGGCUCGAGUGCCGGUGUUCCGAUCACCGGCGUCAAGUAUAAGUCCGCCGCCAUCCGGACGAAGCCUCCUGAGGCACACGAUGGGGAGCCCGUCCUGCGCAGCGCCACAGGAGCAGAAGUGUCGGAAAUGGGUGCCAAAACGAAGUCCGCCGGAAUCCGCACUUCGGUUUCGUCCAGGGCGACGUCCCUCGACUUUCCUAUGAGGCAGGGGACUGCAUCGACCGUCGGAGAUGGGCAGCCUGCAGAGUUCAAUGCACGGUUGGAUAGCGGGGCGCCGUCUGUGCUCUGCAAUUUUAACUCUGCCGGUAUCCGAACUUGCUGGGGAACGGACCUACAAUCAGAGGUCAUCGGGCGGGCGGAAGAUGAGACGUGUGCGGAGGCAGAGGACUUGUUGACGGGAGUCAACGAGGGGCCGGUGGGAGGAGCUGAUAUGCGCGAGAGGGAUGGGGGGGAGGAAUGGGUACAAGUGGAGGACGGCCAAGAAGAACUUGAAUGGAAAGAAGGUGGGGAAGGAGCGGAAGGGGAGGACGAACGGUCGGGGGGUGGAGAGCUGCCUGCGUUGGCGGCAGAGCACGUGGAGCCUGCGGGGGGAUUUUCGAUAACGCGAUUGCGCCUCGAGUCUUGACGGUUAUGGGUGACAUAUCCUGAGGCUUGGUACCACCUCAUCAUGUUCUAUCUACUUUCGGUGAUGGUCAAGUGGGAAUCAAAGCUAAAGAUCUGC